AUGAUUGGUUUAAUUCUUAUUGUCUUAUGUGUUAUCUCAUCUGUUGAAUCAAUGGCUUUGAAUAUUACAGGAAAAAAUCAACAACAAUGCUGUGGAACAUGCUUUAUAUUUGGUUGUCCAGCUGGUCAAUGUUGUUCACAAUAUGGAUAUUGUGGUGCAACACCUGAACAUUGUCAAGGAGCAAUAGUACAAGGGGAUUGUCAAACAAAAGGAUGUCCGAAUGGAUUAUGUUGUUCAAAAUUUGGAUUUUGUGGAAAUACACCUGAACAUUGUGAUAAUACACCAGUAACGAAUGGAAAUUGUAAAACUCAAGGUUGUCCACCAGGUCAUUGUUGUAGUGCUCAUGGAUUUUGUGGUACAACAUCUGAACAUUGUAAUAACAUUGAUCUAACGGUUGGACAAGGAAAUUGUCAAGUGACAGGAUGUCCAGCCGGUCUUUGUUGUUCAAGAUUUGGAUACUGCGGUGGAACUCCUCAGCAUUGCUUAGGAACAAACGCUGGCUUGGUAGGAUGUCCAAAUUGUGCUGGUAAUGUCAUCAACAAUGGUGGCGCGGCUGGAUGUCCAAAUUGCGUUGGCAAUGUCGCCAGUAACUGUGCCAAUGGUGGAUGUGCUGGCAAUGUUAUCAGCAACUGUGCUACUGGUGGAUGUAUUGGCAAAAAAUAA